AUGAUUUCUCUCCUGUUGAUAGAACCUCACCUCCAUACACCCAUGUAUAUCUUUCUGGGCAACCUGGCUCUGAUGGACUCCUGCUGCUCCUGUGCCAUCACUCCCAAGAUGCUAGAGAACUUCUUUUCUGUGGACAGAAGGAUUUCUCUCUAUGAAUGCAUGACACAGUUCUAUUUUCUCUGUCUUGCUGAAACUACAGGCUGCUUUCUUCUGGCAGCAAUGGCCUAUGACUGCUAUGUGGCCAUAUGCAACCCACUGCAGUACCACAGCAUGAUGUCCAAGAAGCUCUGCCUUCAGAUGACCACAGGAGCCUACAUAGCAGGAAACCUACAUUCCAUGAUUCACAUAGGGUUCUUGUUCAGGUUAACUUUCUGCAGGUCUCACGUAAUCAAGCACUUCUUUUGUGAUGUCCUUCCACUAUACAGACUCUCAUGUGUUGACCCUUAUAUCAAUGAACUGAUGAUACUCAUCUUUUCUGGUUCAGUUCAAACUUUUACCAUUACUGUAGUCCUCAUUUCUUAUUUCUGCAUCCUUUUUACUAUAUUUAAAAUAAAGUCCAGAGAGGGAGGAAGCAAAGCCUUAUCUACUUGUGAAUCCCACUUUCUGUCUGUAUCAAUAAUCUAUGGGUCUCUCCUCUACAUGUGUGUUCGACCAAGUUCACUUAAUGAAGGGUAUAAAGAUAUAUCUGUUGCUUUUUUUUUCACCCUCCUUCUCCCACUUCCUCUUCCUUUUCUUUCGGCUUCUUCCUCCCAAGUAAGAAACAAGAAUACCACACAAGAACCAUGCUUGAAAUUCCAGCCUCCAAACUGA